UUGAAAGACAGAAACGGAGGGAGGUAGAAGAAGAAAACUGCAGUCUUCGGAAAGAGCUUCUAGAUGAGAGAGAACUAUACAGACAAUUACAGGUUGCGCUACUGGAAAAAAUUGACGCGGUCCGUACUACACACCCUGCUGCGUCUACGUCCCGCAUGUUAUGCUUUGAGAAUGAACAUAUGACUCAACAGAAAAGGCCCCCAUUUGUGGAAGCCUGUGUGGCGACACCAGCGGGACCUGUCCUACAAGAUGCCAGCGCGAGCAGUGUAGCCUUACAGAUAUCCUUCACUGAAGUACAGGCAGUCCAUACCGAGCAGGGUGUCUCGCUAGCAACUCCUCCUUCAGUGGAUCCAGUUCUUCGUGACACGUUUUAUGAAAACAAGCUAGAUACAAACACAGCAGACACAGAACAGGUCAUCGUGUCCCCGAAUACACCUCGCCAGGGGCCUCUGACACAGCUCAGUUCAUUUUCUACUCAUAAUCAGACAAGGCGCGCCUGUCUAACAAGCAUGCUUCACGGCCCUUUUUGGGAAGGUCAUGUGCCCAAAGUACUCCAACACGACCGGAAUUGGUCGGUGAGGAGUACUAGUCCUUCUCUAUCCUCUGCCUCGGCUAGGCGGCUUUAGAAGAUGGAAUCGUGAACAAGUCCGAAAAGUUUGAGCGGGUGCUUGGUGCUGUCAAAGACUCAACGUUCUGCAGGGACAUGGCACGGAGACUUUGGACCGCUGAGGACCUCUCCGACCGAAGUGUCACUGUUGAAGUUUGCAGGCGCUUCGCUAAAGAUGGAGCGGAGGGCAGGAAGCGUCUAACUCCAAGGAAACUAAAUGCUUUGGGCACACGUUACCAAUCGCACUCCAUGUUUCAUAUGCCUAUUGGGAGUACAUCAAACGCAAGCUGGACCCACACGCCUCCAAUGAAGAAAGGUACCAGCACCUCACACGGCACUUAAGAAACCUGCUCUCGGACAUAAACCGCAAGAAAUAAACACUGGAAAACGUGA